UUAUUAUUUUUAUUAUUUUCAUAAUUUUUUUUAUGAUUUUAGAGUAGUAAGGUUGAGGAAUCAUUAACCUGUGAACUACAAUCUAUGCGGGAUCAGGUGAACAUGAAGAAAAGUUCUAUGACUGAACAUGUGACACAUCUAGAAACUCUGAGGGAUGAAAUAAAUAUAAUGAUGGAGAAGAAAUUAGAUCUUGAAAGAAGAAUUGAGAACCUGUACGCAGAGCGGGACGGUUUGACCAGCACGCUAGACGAGAGCGCUGACAGGAUCGUUAUGCUAGAGAAGGAAUCCAGGGAACAGGAUAGCAUUAUUCGAACACACCGUAAAGAAAUAGAAGAGUUAAAAUCUACAAAUUCAUCUUUAGCAGAUAGGCUAGAUACUAUGUAUAGAAGUACGUCCCUGAGUCCUCAUGGGAACAGAUCCCUUCUCACAGAGAUGGAAGUCUCAGACUCAGAGAAGAGUUUAAACGGAUCACGGAGACCGUUCAGUAAUAUUGACGAGGAUCUCGAGGAUAUUGAAUAUGAUCAUCCUGACCUCACCUCACGCUCACAUCUAGACAUUGGGGACCUCAAGGACGAGGUCCUUUCAGUAUAUCAUCAGCUACGAAACCUCGUGCUGUUGGUUCGACAGAGGGGGAAGCAGCGGCGUAGCUCCGGCGAUAGCUUAGAGACGAGCAGCUGUAGCAGCAGCGAGGAUGGUCAGCAGCUUAGACCAGGAUCAUUAACAGCUGUUCUCCAGGAGCUAAGAGGACUGCUGCAUGAUCUGCUGAGGAAGGAAGCAAAAGGUUGCUGUAUUGCUUGUGGAUCAGAUAACAAUGAAAAGCUCAAACUUGAGGUUGACCUGCAUAAGACCAGCGAGAGCUUGGAGAAACUUCAACGCCAGCUCAAGCAGAAGGAAGACGAAGCAAAAACAAGAGAGGAAGAAAUGAGGGAAAUUAUGAGCAAGCUCUCCCUCACAGAAAUCAAACUCAAAUCUGCCGAGGAGGAGAGAGAUACAUUCAG